CGGGCGCUGCGCCUGCGCGCCGGCCGCGCCUGCGCAGGGCCGCGCCGCCGAGCCGGGAUGGGCAGGGUUUAGCUGUACUCACCUGCUACAACGAUGGACAGCGAAGUGCAAAGGGAUGGCAGAAUCCUGGAUUUGAUCGACGAUGCGUGGAGGGAAGAUAAAUUGCCGUACGAGGAUGUAGCUAUCCCUCUAAAUGAGCUUCCCGAACCAGAGCAAGACAAUGGCGGAACAACCGAGUCUGUGAAAGAGCAAGAAAUGAAGUGGACAGAUUUGGCUCUCCAGUAUCUCCAUGAAAAUGUUCCCCCCACGGGAAACUAGUGAAUCAGUGUGAUUUCAUGCAGUGGAUGCAUGAAUGCAAUAUAAAGAAUAUUUUUCAGCUGACCAUCGCUGCCAAAGGCUUCUCUGAGGAGGAAAAAAUGCUUCUGAAAAAGGCUCAAACAGUCGCCACUCACAGUGGCCAAACACAGUUUAAAAUGCUUCUAUAAUGGGUGUGAAAUAACAGUGGCUGCCUGACACCUCAGAGCAAAUAUCAAAAUGUUUCUCUUAUGUAAAAUUAUUUCAUAUCUUCUGUUAAAUUGUUCUUAAGUUGGUGCCAGUUUUGAUCUUAAAUGUUUCCUACAUGUGAUAAAAUAAGUUGUUUUUACUGUC